ACCGCACUCCUCUUCCUGUCUUCCACCUCCCGCCCACGCCCACGCGCAGAUCUCUGGGAGCUUCCUUCCCUUCCACAGCAGCAGCCUGCACUCCACGACCUCACACAUGGCGGCCUUCACCAAGCUCGAGGAUUCCCCCAUGUUCCGGAAGCAGGUCAAUUCUUUGGAACAACUUACCGAUGAACUGAAACAACGGUGCUCAAAUCUUCAUAAAGGGUGUAAAAGAUUCAUGGGAUCACUUGAUGAAGGAUAUGCUGGAGAUCUACUAUUUGCCGAUGCCCUAGAAGCAUUUGGUGCUGGUCGAGAUGACCCUGUUAGUGUUGCCAUUGGAGGGCCUGUAAUGUCCAAGUUCACUACUGCUUUUCGGGAGCUUGGAACAUACAAGGAGCUCCUUCGUUCUCAGGUUGAGCAUAUGCUCAGUGAACGUUUAACGCAAUUUAUUAACGAGGAUCUGCAUGAUGCAAAGGACUGUCGACAGCGUUUGGAUAAGGCUACAGUGGGCUAUGAUCAGGCACGUGAAAAAUUUGUGUCAGUGCGGAAAGGGACUAGAGCAGAAGUAGUGACAGGACUUGAAGAGGAUUUACACAAUGGCAAGUCAGCUUUCGAAAGAUCCCGGUUUAACUUAGUGCACGCCCUUGCAAACAUUGAAGCAAAGAAGAAGUACGAGUUCUUGGAAUCAAUAAGUGCGGUGAUGGAUGCCCAUCUGAGAUAUUUUAAGCAGGGAUUUGAACUACUGAGCCAAAUGGAACCAUUCAUUCACCAGGUUCUAACAUAUGCACAACAAUCAAAGGAAAUGGCUAUGAACGAGCAAGAUAAACUUGCAAAGAGAAUUCAAGAGUUUAGAACUCAAGAAGAAAUAGCAAAUUUGAGAAUGGCUAGUAAUGUAAACACAUCUACUAGUGGUGAUGGUAUCCAUGUUGUUGGUCUUCAAUCCUAUAAAAAGAUUGAAGCCUUGAUGCAGUCAACUGCCAAUGGCCAGGUUCAAAUAAUUAAACAAGGUUAUCUCUUUAAGCGUUCUGAAAAUUUACGAGGAGAGUGGAAGCGGAGGUAUUUUGUUCUUGACAGUCAUGGGACUCUGUAUUACUAUGGGAACAAGCAAGGGGUGGCAUCACAGCAAACAACUGAAGGGACUGGUGUUUUUAGUCGUUUCAAAUUCUUAAAUCAGAAAGCUUCAUCUCAGGGAGACGAUCCUCUUUCAUGUCGUACAAUUAAUCUCAGAACUUCAACAAUUAAGAUGGAUGCAGAAGAAAAUGAUUUAAGAUUUUGCUUCAGAGUAAUCUCUCCCAUGAAGGCAUACACUUUACAGGCGGAGACAGAGGCUGACCAAAAGGACUGGAUCGAAAAAAUAACAGGAGUUAUUGCAUCACUGCUGAAUUCGCCGCUCCCACCGCAUCUGCCAUAUGGAAAUCUAGCGGCAGAAAGUCAUAGUUCUGCAAGUUCCGCUGACCUUGCAUCUCUUGAAGAGAGUAAAAGUUCAGAGGCACAGAAUGAUGCACUUAACCAUCUCAGGACUAUCCCUGGAAAUGACUGUUGUGCAGAAUGCCGUGCUCCCGAUCCUGAUUGGGCAUCUCUAAACUUGGGUAUUCUGAUUUGUAUUCAGUGCUCUGGGGCUCACAGGAAUCUUGGAGUCCAUAUUUCGAAGGUUCGAUCCUUGAGAUUAGAUGUGAAAGUAUGGGAGCCAGUAAUUAUUGAUUUGUUUCGUGCACUUGGAAAUGAUUACAAUAAUUCCAUUUGGGAAGCUCUGCUUCCGAAAGAAGAUCAAGGAAUGGAUGAGUCAAAUAGUGCUAUCCUGUUCAUGGAAAAGCCUAAACCUACUGAUGCUUUCUCAAUAAAAGAAAGGUUCAUACAAUCAAAGUAUGUGGACAAACUUCUUAUUGCCAAAGAUGCCAAUGAAAUUACUAUUGGUAUACUGGAAGCUAUAAGGACAAAUGAUGUGAGAGCAGUGUAUCGUAUUCUUGUGUUGGCCGAUGCGAGUCCUAACAUGACAUAUGAUGACUUAAACAACGACGUUAACCAUGUUCUGCCAGUUACAGACAAGAGAUUAUUUGAUCCAGCCUCUUGCGAGAGAAUAGAGGAUUCUGGGAAACCGGAAGGUUGUCUGCAAGGCUGCUCUUUAUUGCACAUAGCAUGUCAAUGUGACCAUCCUUUAGUAGUGGAGCUUCUGCUACUUUUUGGCGCGGAUAUUAAUAAGCAGGACUUCCAUGGACGGACACCAUUGCACCACUGCGUCCAAAAGAGUAAUGACGCUCUUACUAAACAUCUGCUGAAGAGGGGUGCAAGAACAACAAUCAAAGAUGGUGGGGGGCUGACUGCUUUGGAGAGAAGAAUGGAGCUAGGAGCAAUAACAGAUGAAGAAUUGUUCAUAUUAUUUGUGAGGUGAUAUUGCUGAACAAUACUUAGAUUGUACUGUUGUAGCCUUAGCAAGCAAAGCUUGCUUGUAUCUGAAAGCGUCUAUUUUAGCGUCUUUUACACUUGUCCAUCUGAAGAUAAGACAAAUUCACUGGAGAUUACUGAAUCUGAAGCAAAACGCUCUGUUGUACAACAACUAUAGGCUAGUAAAACAUACAUUAUUACAUUUAUUUAUUCAAAUAGUCUCUGGGUUUGUAUUUCUUUUGUGAAGCAUAUCAUACCAUAUAUACAUUUGAGCAAUUUUCAAACCCAUUUUUUGUGGC